AUGAGACCUUAUCUCAACUGGCAAACAACAAUCUCUUACCUCAAGGAUCCUCCUAAGGAUUAUGCGGACAAGAUCCAGCCACCGUAUGACUUCUGGGGCGUUUUCGACGCCAUCGAGGCUAAUGUCGCUGCUGAAGCUUAUGCCAGUGAAUAUGAAUUUGGAUGGGAUGUAUAUGAGGCCUUCCAAAAGACACAUGACGGUCACUUCGGCUUCACGCCGGACAGUGUGGGAAGCGUCUUCACUUUUGGCAGGAAAGUCGCCCUGGCGUCCGUAUCUGAGGAUGGCAAAAGUCUGCCGGUCGUCUACGCGUAUGGCGAUAUUCUCGCCGCGUCGUUUGGCAAUGCGUCUUUCACACCUUCUCACAUCGUCGAGAUCGACGGCCAAAACGCCACCGACUACUUGCUUGCCUGGUCUCAGUUUGGUUCUCUCCAGGAUAGAGACGCUCUCUGGAACAACUUGUUCUACAUCCCCGCUCAAGUCUCGCUUGGAUCAUCUGGCACUGGGACUGGCACGUUCUCUGGAAGUGGUCGUGGUCGCUACGUGUAUCCUGGAGCAACAACCACAUUCACUUUCGCGAACGGCUCUACUGUCACGAACCAGAACUUUGCUCGAGUUUUGGCGAAUUUCAGCAACAUCACAACUGGCGCAGACAUUUACCGAGAGCUCUUUGCGAUACCCCCAGAGGCCUAUGACAACGCUUUGAGUCUUGCUACAUCUACCACUAGCAGUGCCACUAGUUCUGCUACUAAUGGCACUUCAUCAACCGCUUCGUCCACCACGUCCACAACAUCAACUCCUGCCCCAGGCUAUCCGUCCCCUAUUGUGCGUCAGUCCAACAACCUCAACAGUGGCUAUUUCCUUGAUCAGCCCGGCUAUGAGGAUGUCGCGGUCCUGGCAGUACCUUCAUUCGUCGGCCUUGAUACUGCGGAAGUGGAGUUUCAAAAUGUCAACAGUGAAUUGAUCGCUGCUGCCCUUGCCGCCAACAAGACCAAGCUGAUCAUUGAUGUAUCUGCAAACGGCGGUGGCACGAUCCUGCAAGGCUAUGACCUGUUCAAACAGCUCUUCCCUUCUAUUUUGCCCUAUGGUGCAACUCGCUUCCGUGCCCACGAAGCUUUUGAUAUUCUCGGUCAAGAAUACUCGGCAAUCUCUGCCAACUACACACGAAGCUUGAACCAGAGCGAUACCAUUCAGAACAUUCAGUCUUCAUCGUGGGACUACCGUACUGACCUCGACGUCAAUUAUGAGCCUUUCACCAGUUGGGCCGAAAAGUACGGCCCUCAUGAGUUCGGUCCCGGUAAUGACACUUUCACUUCCAUUAUUCGGUGGAAUCUAUCAGACGUGCUUACUCCCGACAACUCCGGUGGCAUCUACGUAUCUGGCUACUUGAACCGUUCAAAUGUCACUACACAACCUUUCGCCGCGGAGAACAUUAUCAUAGUCUAUGAUGGCUACUGCGCUUCUACUUGUACCAUCUUCUCAGAAUUGAUGCGCCAACAAGCCGGUGUCAAGACCAUCGCUCUUGGUGGUCGCCCUAACUACAAUGAGAUCCAGGCAGUUGGCGGUGUCAAGGGCACCAACGAUUUCCCCUGGUCUUACAUCCUCGAAUCUGUGGAAGUGCCAUUCACGUUCGCCAACGCUUCUCACCAGGAGGAACUGAACAGCACUGCUCUAGGCACUUACUCGCAACUGCCUCUCUACCGUAGUUCGUCUGGCCCUGUUGUGAACUCAAGAGACGGUAUACGUGAAGGCGACGUCACAGAAACUCCUCUGCAGUUCGUGUAUGAGCCUAGCGAUUGCAGAAUCUUCUACACACCUGCUAUGGUUGUGGAUCAGAGUGCUGUCUGGCGUACUGUUGCUGAUACUGUGUGGGGUCAAGGUGAUGCUUGUGUGGCUGGAAGCAAUGAGUUCUAUGGUAACAAGACUAAGAGAGAUGUUGGCGUGAAUAGAGUGCAUGGUAUUCGCGGAGAUGUGAAUGUCGAGCAGGCUUGGAAGGGUCUUAGUGUGCAUACUGGAGAAAGUGUUGUACUUGGUGGAGACUCGAUCAUGUUGCCUUAG